CCUCUUUCCCCGUACGCGACGCGACGCGACAGCGACAGCCGGCCGGCGAGCUCUCCCCCCUCCGCCCGCCGAGGACGGGCUUCCCUGCGGCGCCCCAGGACGGGCCUCUCCCCCCGCCGCCUGCGCUGAUCUCCCACGAGCAGGGGCGCUCUCGUCCUCGAAUAAAGGAAAACAUUGGUGCAUCAAGGAGUGAAGCUGCAUUUUCUUAGAGCACAGAUGAAGCGGCCUCGAAGACGUCUGUGGUGGGAUGACUGAUGAGGGAUGAUAGUGGCAUUGAUGAACUUGUUUCGGGCAUGCUGGAGACCAUCGUCCAACCAGCAUGCCCGGGCCGGCUCAGAUGCUGCCGGUAGGCAGGAUGGACUUCUAUGGUAUAAGGACACUGGACAGCAUGUAAAUGGGGAGUUCUCUAUGGCUGUGGUCCAGGCCAAUAACUUACUUGAGGAUCAAUGCCAGAUUGAGUCAGGUUCAUUGAGCUUUCUUGAUUCUGGCCCAUAUGGCACAUUCGUUGGGGUUUACGAUGGACAUGGUGGCCCAGAAACGGCUUGCUAUAUCAACGACCACCUCUUCCACAAUCUGAAAAGGUUUGCAUCUGAACAGAAUUCAAUGUCUGCUGAUGUGCUGAAGAAAGCAUAUGAAGCUACAGAAGAUGGAUUCUUCUCUGUUGUCACAAAGCAAUGGCCUGUGAAGCCUCAAAUAGCUGCUGUUGGCUCAUGCUGCCUGGUUGGUGUAAUCUGUGGUGGCAUUCUUUAUGUUGCCAAUGUUGGGGAUUCCCGUGUUGUUUUAGGUCGACAUGUUAAAGCCACUGGAGAAGUUUUGGCUGUCCAACUCUCAGCAGAGCAUAAUGUGAGCAUUGAGUCGAUGAGAAAAGAAUUGCAGUCAAUGCACCCAGAAGAUAAACACAUUGUUGUUCUCAAGCACAACGUUUGGCGUGUAAAAGGCCUAAUUCAGGUUUGCAGAUCAAUUGGUGAUGCCUAUCUUAAAAAAUCAGAGUUCAACAGGGAACCUUUGUAUGCAAAAUUCCGUCUUCGGGAACCUUUUCAUAAGCCCAUACUAAGUUCAGAACCAUCAAUUAGUGUGCAAUCCCUACAACCACAUGAUCAGUUUCUCAUAUUUGCAUCUGAUGGUCUCUGGGAGCACUUAACCAAUCAAGAGGCUGUUGAGAUUGUUCACAGUAACCCUUGCAGUGGAAGCGCUAGGAGGCUCAUUAAGGCAGCUUUGCAAGAAGCAGCCAAGAAAAGAGAAAUGAGAUACUCAGAUCUCAAGAAGAUUGACCGUGGUGUUCGCCGCCAUUUCCACGAUGACAUAACUGUCAUAGUAGUCUUCCUUGACUCCAGCCUUGUAAGUAGGGCGAGCACCUACAGGGGCCCUUCUGUUUCUUUAAGAGGUGGCGGCGUGAAUCUGCGCAGCAACACACUUGCACCUUAUGCAUCACAAAUGUGACCCUGAAUGCACGGUGGAGGCAACACACCUGACUGAAGAAGGUUUGCUUCCCCUGUGGUAAACUACGGUCAUUUCGGCCAAGAUCAUUCCCUCAAUGAUGUAAAGAAGGAAAAAAAAAGGAGAGACACAGAAGCUCUUCUCCAGCUCUUUAAUCCCAGCAUCAUAGUAAUGUAUGUUUCAAGAUCGACUUAAAAAGAAUAGCUUAGCUGUUCAAUUGUGUUGUGCUGCUGAUGCUCCAUGGAAAGCUCAAUCUUUCCAGCUGAAAAGCAAGUCUUGUUCAACCGCAGGAAAUUUUAACACCAGUGCAUAUGAAAUAAUAAGCCAAAAAAGGAGUAACUUAAUUAGCUGAUGUUGUGGACUUUAUGUAUACUACUAUAUAUAUUUUUGACUUGUACAUGCACUCUUAUUUAUUGACCACUGUGUACAUUGUUGGUUUUCCCUUGGGCAAGAUUCACUUUGGAUACA